AUGCUUCCCCGCAAACCCCGCAUCCUUCCCCAGGUUUUAUGCAAGAAUCCAGUUCCCGGUCCCUGCGACUACUGUCGGGGUAUCAAUGCAGAGUGCCGCAUUGACCCGGAUAAGCGACGUCAAAGGCCCUACUAUUUCGUGUCCGAAGAAGAGUUUCGGAAUAUGCAGAUCAUUCUCAAGCACUACAUACCAGAUACGGAUCUAACUCCUGAUAACCUUCGAUCCCUAGCCCUGCGAUUCCAGAAAACCAUGAAUCGUGCUAAUGAAUCAGUUGAGCUCGAUGCAUUAUCGCCUCCAAUGUCCGCCGUUUUCAACGAAACAGGAGACCCAGGGCCGUCAAGCGAGUUGACUUGCAGCGCCACUGUUCCUUACAGCGGUGAGGAGGAGGCAGAAGACAGUAUACUUCAACAGGUGCUGUCGCUAUACCACAAACUAGGAUGUCUCCUUGAAGACUCCCAAGGACAAUACCGAUAUAUGGGGGCUGAGUCAGGGCUACCUUUCAACACAGCUAUUCGUUGCUUCAAAAGAAACGGUCUUCAAACACCAUUGAGCCCUGAUGUGAUUCCUGCCAUGGUCACAGUAACGAUGCCUUUAGCAAUAUCACGACCAGGUCUGAAGGGAAUCAGCCUUCCGCCUUGGGAGAAUUGUUUGAGACUCAUCACAAAAUACUUUGGAGAUGUUCAUUGUCUCUACUGGUUGUACUCUUCGGAUAGAUUUCAUGGUCAAUUGGAGGAAACAUAUCACGUUUCGCAGGAGAUGUUAACAGCUUCAUGGCGAUGUGCUCUGUGCUCCAUUUUGGCAAUCGCAAAACUUGGACCGUCUGACCCUGACGAUUCUUGCGAGAGUAUGACUGCGACAGAUUACCUUGAGAAUGCAAAGUCAUUGGUCUCUGGAGCAUGCGAUGAAGGAAGUCUAGAGAGCGUUCGAUCGAUGGUGCUAUUGGCAACGGCUAUGCAGUCUCAUGGGUUCUCAAACCCCGCAUAUCUUUACAGCAGCCUGGCAAUUCAAAUGGCAUGCUCACUUGGAAUCCACUGCGAUAAAUAUUCCGCUGCAUAUGGCAGCGUCGAGAGAGAACAUUCUCGUCGAAUUUGGUGGUCAGCCAUAACAUUCGAUCAAGAUCUAUCACUAAGGAUCGGGAAGCCGUCUGCAACAGAACCUACUUGGAGUUCUCCACCUCUGCCAUCUGAAACGAUCAUCCAGAUACUUCCUUCUGGCUCCUACAGCCCACCCGGGUAUCUCGCUGCAUGUAGUACCCUUGGCCAACUGGGGAGGAUUAUCCGCACAAAACUAUACAGAGAACCUCUGUUGCCCGACUAUCAUCCAAAAAUGAAAAUGGUGAUGGGCUUGGUCGUUUCCCUGCAGGACUGGGCGGAUUCAAUUCCAUCACAUCUCAAUAUCUCAGCUCCGACCGCACCCCUCCACCGCCGUGCCAUUUCGGUCCUCCAUUUAAGAUACCACAGUAUGCGACUUCUAAUCGGUCGGCCAUUCCUGUUAUACAGGCUCUUGUGCUGGAAGAAGCAACGAGAGACCGAGGGUCAUCCGUCUCUGAGCCAGUUCACAGAUAUCUGCACCGUCUCUGCGGAAAAAAUGCUCGAGAUCAUGCAGAUCAUGGUCGCUAACGAAUUCCAUUCCAACGUAAUUGCGCUGGACUUUUAUUACGCGUUGGAUAUCUUGCAAAUCUUCAUUUGCAGUUUUGCACUAUCAAAGGCAGAGAAGCAAUUUGAUAACAUAUGCAAAUGUUUAAGGGUCCUGCAAUCACUAUCGACUACAGGUUUCGGAGAGAUGAUGAUAUCCGAGGUAUUGUUCGAACUCACGGAAUGGGGGUUAUUCCCUGAUUGUGCGGAUCCGUUGGAUUGCCUGCAAGAUUUCGAUGCAUCUUUGCUGAGUAUUGACGCUGUCAAUGACUUUCAUGAUCGGAUUUUCGGAGACUGCAAUAUGGAUCUUGAUCUAGCUUGGAGCAGCAUUAUUCCACAAUUCGACUUGACUGAACAGAUGACUGGGAAUACCAUCUUGCAGGAUGAUUACUGA